GAACACAGUCGAAAAAAAAAGAAAGAGAAAAAAAUACAUCAUUCGCUUUUCACCUCUUUGCUCUUACUCUUUUUAUUGCCUAUUUUGAACACAGCCAAAAAAAAAGCAAGUCAUCCUUUCAUUCCCAAUGCCCAUUAUCAACGCAUUCACACUUCAGAAGAAGUACCCUGCCUUACAAGUGAACGAUAUUAACUCGCUCAUUGACCAGUUCAAUAACUGUGAUUUGGAUGGCGAUGGCUACCUUGACCAGCGUGAAAUUCAGCAAGCGUGCAAGGAUACUGGUUACAGUGAUAAUUAUGACGAAGUGCGUGCGACUCUGAAACAAGUCAGUACCAGUGCCACCGGCAAAAUUGACGUGGAAGAAUUUGUCGAGCUUGCGGCCAAGCUAAAGGAAGGUCGUAACAGAGGCGCCUUUGACGUUCAUCAAAACAAGAUCAAGGUUCACGGUACCAAUGCCAAUGUAACACAUACCAUCAAUGAAGAUGAACGUACCGAAUUCACACGUCAUAUCAAUGGCGUUUUGGCCGGCGAUCGUCAUGUGGGCCAUCGUCUUCCCAUUCCCACCAAUACCAUGCAGUUGUUUGAUGAAUGCCGAGAUGGUCUUAUCUUAUGUAAACUGAUCAACGAUGCUGUUCCCGAUACAAUUGAUGAACGUGUAUUGAACGCGGGCAAGAAGAUCAACAACUUCCAAAUGGUGGAGAACAACAACAUUGUCAUCAAUUCUGCCAAGGCUAUUGGCUGUUCGGUUGUCAACAUUGGUUCCACAGAUAUCAUUGAAGCUCGUGAACAUUUGAUCUUGGGUCUUAUCUGGCAAAUCAUCAAACGUGGUUUGCUGAGUAAGAUUGAUAUCAAGCUCCACCCCGAAUUGUACCGUCUGUUGGAGGAAGACGAAACUUUGGAAGAGUUCCUCAAGUUGCCUCCGGAUCAGAUCUUGUUGCGCUGGUUCAACUAUCAUCUCAAAGCCGCUGGUUGGGAACGAAGAGUUCACAAUUUCAGCAAGGAUGUGAUGGAUGGUGAGAACUAUACCAUUCUCUUGCACCAGUUGAAACCCGAAGAGUGUUCCAAGGCUGCUCUUCAAGAGCGUGAUUUAUUACGCCGAGCCGAAAUGGUGCUGGAUAAUGCUGAGAGAAUUGGUUGCCGCAAAUACUUGACCCCAUCAGCCCUCGUUGCCGGUAACCCCAAGCUGAAUUUGGCAUUUGUCGCCCAUCUCUUCAACACGCAUCCUGGCCUUGACCCCUUGACCGAAGAAGAAGCACCUGAAAUUGAACCUUUUGAUGCCGAAGGUGAACGUGAAGCACGAAUGUUCAUUUUGUGGUUGAACAGUCUUAAUGUGGACAAGGGUGUAUACAACUUGUUUGAGGAUUUGAAGGACGGUGUGGUUCUGUUGCAGGCAUUUGACAAGGUGGUUCCUGGAUUGGUGAAUUGGCGUAUGGUGAGCCGUAAAGAACCGAUCUCAAGGUUCAAAGCCAUUGAGAACUGCAAUUACGCUGUGAGACUGGGUCAAGAACGACGAUUUUCCUUGGUCGGUAUCCAGGGAGCCGAUAUCGUGGACGGAACAAGAACGUUGACUCUUGGUUUGGUUUGGCAAAUGAUGCGUGAGAACAUUGUACAUACGUUGCAGUCGUUAACCAAGGGAGGUCGACCUGUCACCGAUCAAGACAUGGUCCGAUGGGCGAAUGAUACCGUGCAACGUGGUGGUAAAUCGAGCCGUAUGAGCUCCUUCAAGGAUCCCAACCUUCGUACUGGUCUGUUCUUUAUCGAUGUUUUGAACGGUAUGAAGCCCGGUAUUGUGGAUUACAGCCUUGUCACUCGAGGCACUACGGAAGAAGAAGCUUUCAACAACGCCCGACUGGCGAUUUCCAUCGCACGUAAGUUGGGCGCCACCAUUUUCUUGGUGCCCGAAGAUAUCGUUGAAGUCCGACCCAAGAUGAACUUGACGUUCGUUGGCAGUUUGAUGGUGGUGGACCGACAGAUGGGUCACUAAAUUGCAAUGAAAACUUACAAUAACAACUUACAAAAAAGAAAAACAAAAAACCUAACGAAACAAAGAUGAAUACGCCUUCAUCCUGUAAUAAUAUGUACUUUUUUUCUUUUUAUGAAUAACUUUUUGCAAUAAUCAUACUUUCUUCUUAUUCCUAUAUAUCCCCUCUCUCUCUCUCUCUUUUCUUUUUAUUUUUGUUGGAAAUAAUGGAGACAAAUAACAUAAGCAGUUGGGUCCGCAGCGCAACGAGUGGGUCGGGCAAUGGUUGUGAC